AAUGUGAUUGCAGGCUUUUCCGCUGGGGGGUGGGGUCAAGGGUCAAGCAAGAUGGCGGCGCCCAGGAGCUGCUGAGGCGUGAGGCCGAAGAUGGGGCUAGCGGCGCUGGCGGCGGGGGCGGCGAGGGCUCGGCUGGGGUGCUGGCUAAGCCGGCCGGGGCUGGGGCCGGGGCCGGGGCCGGGGCCAUGGCGAGGCCACUGGACAGCGGCCAGCCGCUCGCGGAGCCGGCGCGAGGCGGCAGAAGCCGAGGCAGACGCGCCCGUGUUCCAGUACGUGGGCGAGCGUGCGGCUCGCGUCGACCGCAUCUUCGUGUGGGGCUUCAGCUUCUCCGGGGCGUUGGGCGUGCCCACCUUCGUGCUGCCCAGCUCUGGACCCCAGCCCCGCGCCGGCUUGCGGCCGCGCCGCAGGAUCCAGCCCGUGCCCUACCGCCUGGAGCUGGAUCAAAAGAUUUCAUCAGCUGCUUGUGGCUAUGGGUUCACGUUGCUGUCCUCCAAAACUAAGGAUGUUACGAAAGUCUGGGGUAUGGGACUCAACAAAGAUUCUCAGCUUGGAUUUCACAGGAGCCGGAAAGAUAAAAUGAGGGGAUACGAGUACGUUCUGGAGCCCUCACCAGUCCCACUGCCUCUGGACAGACCUCAGGAGACACGGGUGCUACAGGUCUCCUGCGGCAGAGCCCACUCUCUGGUCCUCACAGACAAUGAAGGAGUCUUCAGCAUGGGAAACAAUUCUUAUGGGCAAUGUGGAAGAAAGGUGGUCGAAAAUGAAGUUUAUAGUGAAAGUCACAAAGUCCACAGAAUGCAGGACUUCGAUGGACAGGUGGUCCAGGUUGCCUGUGGUCAGGACCAUAGCCUGUUUCUGACGGAUAAAGGAGAAGUCUAUUCUUGUGGAUGGGGCGCGGACGGGCAGACAGGUCUGGGUCACUACAAUAUUACCAGUGUGCCCACCAAGCUGGGUGGAGACCUUGCCAGCGUGAACAUUGUCCAGGUUGCCACCUAUGGUGAUUGUUGCCUGGCUGUGUCAGCUGAUGGAGACCUCUUUGGUUGGGGCAACUCUGAAUACCUGCAGCUGGCUUCUGUCACGGACUCCACACAGGUGAACAUUCCCCGGUGCCUGCCCUUCUCAGGAGUGGGCAAGGUGAAGCAGGCUGCGUGUGGCGGGACAGGCUGUGCCGUGUUAAAUGGAGAGGGACAUGUUUUUGUCUGGGGCUAUGGAAUUCUUGGGAAAGGACCAAACCUAGUGGAAACUGCUCUUCCAGAAAUGAUUCCACCCACUCUCUUUGGCUUGACGGAGUUCAACCCAGAAGUCCAGGUUUCCCGCAUACGAUGUGGACUCAGCCACUUUGCUGCCCUUACCAACAAAGGAGAGCUGUUUGUGUGGGGUAAGAACAUUCGAGGGUGCCUGGGAAUCGGCCGCCUGGAAGACCAGUAUUUCCCAUGGAGGGUGACGAUGCCCGGGGAGCCUGUGGACAUGGCAUGUGGUGUGGAUCACAUGGUGACUCUAGCCAAGUCAUUCGUCUGAAUCUCCCGCCUGGCCCGCUUGAGCCUGGCCCUGGCCUCAGAACCACUCGGACUGCGUAGCAGAGGCAGCCAGCGGGGUUUGAUGGGGCGCAGUGAGGGUCAGAGCCCUUCAUCAUGUAUGGCACUUGCUCCUGCAGCCCCUAGGAGCUACACAUGGUGGGCCUGGGCCGCGGUGCCUGCUCAAGGGGAGCCCUGCUGAAUUCACACGUGACGGCUGCCUUGAUCAGGCUGGUCUACAGGCAGUCGAGUCCCAGGGCCGUGUGGCCCCAGCAGGGCGAGGAUAAUUAGAACAUCUCAGCUCUUUCCAGGGAACACAGGGCACUUUCUGGUGUCACUUCUGGCCCAAGAGACUGGUUUUAGGAAAUCUUAGCUCCCAUGGCAUGCCAUUUUGUUUGCUCUUUCCAGGAGGCCUGAGGGAGCGCAGUGCUCAGGAGGGGCGCUGGAGCCCCUGCAGCCCAGCGGGGCGGAGCCCUCAGUGGGCCUCUGGGCAGGCUGGGCGUGUGCACCCGGGUGAGCCCCGCCUGGCCGAGGGAGCUGGCCUGGCUGUGGCCUGGUUUUGUCAUUCAGGUCCCCCUUCCACUCAGCAUUUCCGGUCAGCUGCCCACAGCCGGGUCACCACUGGGACACGUGCCGGAAUCCUUUCCUUGGGUAGGGAUUCCCCCCGAAAAUACCGGGUGGGCGCCAGCUUGGUACCACAUGGGCUCGCAGCUGUCGCCAACCUUGUAACUGUUCCCGGUGCCUGGCCUGGGAGCGAGGAGGAGCCCCCGCAGGAGGGAGGUCGGCCAGGUCCUCGUGGGCCAGGUCCUCGUGGGCCGAGGGCGCAGGGCACACCCCGCAGAAGCUUGGCCGGAGCGCCGGCCUCGGAGAAGACAGAGUCAGAGUUGUGAAAAGCAUUUGAGUUAACAAUGUAACUUGUCUUACUCUUUAA